UAACUGCCGUUUCUUCUUCUUUUCUUGACCCGGCCCUUCCUUCUCCACUUUCCCGCGUCAUCGUCACCAUUAAACUAACCAAAAAAAACUAAAUUAAAAUUCCUUCCCUCUUCAACAACUCCUCCUCCCUCUCACUCUAUCUUUUCCUUUCUUCCAAACACAACUUAAAAAAGACCCAUUCAAUUCCAUUCCAAACUAACCAAAUACCAAACAAACAAACUUUCAAUUUCAUUUCCUAUUUCUUAAAUUUUUUUAUCACUUUAAUUUUAUUUUCCUCUGUUUUAGUCACAUACAUGCAAUUCUCCUUACAAUGUCUGUUCUUCAUUUCAUUUUAAUCUUCUCUUGUUUUCUCUCCAUAUCCCUCUCUCAACCUCCACCUCCUAGAGGUACGUUCAUCAAUUGUGGGGCCACUUCUCCGUCCACAAUUUCCGGCCGUCAAUGGCUACCGGACCUAGGGUUUGUAUCCCAAGGAACACCGAAGAAUCUCUCAAUUUCUGUUCUAUCUCCGAUUCUCUCCACCGUCCGAUCAUUUCCGAUCAUAAAAAAUGUCCUCGUCAAAUUCUGCUACGUCGUCCCUGUGUUUCGCGGAGCUAAGUACAUGGUGAGGACUACCUAUUUUUACGGAGGGGUAAACGGCAACGAUUCUCCGCCGGUUUUUGAUCAGAUUUUGGACGGAACUUUGUGGAGCGUGGUGAAUACGACUGAGGAUUAUGCUAACGGCAUGUCGUCUUAUUAUGAAGGUGUUUUUAUUGCUCAAGGGAAGACGAUGAGUUUAUGUAUUGGGGCUAACUCGUAUACGGACUCCGACCCGUUUAUUUCGGCUCUCGAGUUCGUGAUUUUGGGUGGUUCGCUUUAUAAUUCUACUAAUUUUAAACAAAAUGGGUUGAGUUUAAUUGCUAGGCAUAGUUUUGGCUAUAAUGGAUCCAUUAUUAGAUUCCCUGACGACCAAUUUGAUCGAUUUUGGGAGCCAUUUGGAGAAAAUGAUGUUGCCGUUUCGAAAAACGAGAACGUUUCGGUUUCUGGCAUUUGGAAUCUUCCUCCCGCGAAGGUAUUUCAAACGGAGUUAACGGGUCAGUCUGGCGGUGCCUUGGUGGUGAAGUGGCCUGCAGCGCCACUUCAGAAUUCUACAUACUACAUUGCUUUAUACUUUGCAGAUGAUCGGAGUUCUUCUGAUGCGCCGGAAAGGUUGCUUAAUGUAAGCAUAAAUGGGUUUACUUAUUAUAGUAAUUUGAGUGUGUCACAAGAAGGGUCUUCUGUGUUUGCUACACAGUGGCCGCUCAGCGGUCCGAUGACUGUUAGUUUGACUCCUUUUGAUAAUUCGAGUGUUCCUUUGAUCAAUGCUGGUGAGAUUUUUGAGAUUUUGGCGCUUGGAGGACGAACUCUUACAAGAGAUGUAUCGUUGAUGGAACAAGUGAAAAGUAGUUUUCAGAAUCCGCCACAUGAUUGGAGUGGUGAUCCCUGUUUGCCUCGACAGUAUUCAUGGACUGGAGUUACAUGCUCUGAAGGCCCCCGAAUUCGUGUGAUUUCUCUGAAUCUAACAGGCAUGAGCCUAUCAGGGUCACUUUCACCAAGUAUUGCUAAAAUUACUGCAUUGACAGACAUCCUGCUUGGAAACAACAAUUUAACAGGCUCAUUACCUGAUUUCAGUACAUUGAAGAUGCUGCAAACACUGCACUUGGAAGACAACCAGUUCAAUGGAGGGAUCCCCUCAUCACUUGGAAAUAUUAAGAAUCUGCGAGAACUAUUUUUGCAGAACAAUAAUCUGACAGGUCAAAUUCCAAAUAACCUUAUUGGAAAACCUGGGUUGGACUUGAGGACCACCGGAAAUCAGUUAAUAUCGCCGCCACCUUCUUGAGCGGAAUGCACCCCGAGCAAAGGCGGAAAGUAGGCAUUUUUAUUUCACCCUUCAACUACACUUUACAUUUUACAAAGUAACAUAUAGAGAGUUCUUGCUGCAAAUUCGACCGUUGAAAAGGCUACUCUGGUUUGACCAAUACAAAUAUACAAUCAAGUGGAUAUGAUUCUUUAUUUUUAUUUUUUUUGGGUCCAACACAGCAUAUAACUGAAUCACACUUUGAAUCUACAAUUCUAUAUGUAAUUAAACAAAAAUAACAUGUAGUCAAUUUUUUUUUCUUUUGUGUAAUCAUUAUUUUGUUUUAAAUUCUUGAUGUAAUAUGAAAGAUACCUGUUUUCAUGGGUUUAUGAGAUGGCAGGUUUGAUC